UAUUCGCAAAAGCGGAACACACAAAAUAUUUGCAGAGUACAUUCGAUUGCGUCACGAUUUCUCAGUUUCUUACAUAACCCAGAGAGCUUAUAAUCAAAACCCUUUUUCAUUAAUCUACACACAACACGAACACAUAAUUUAAUCAAUCUGUGUAUGUAUAGACAACAUACAUGCAUUUGAUCAAGUGUGUCUGUGUGUGGGUUCAAAGAGGGUUUCUAAUUGAGUACAAGAAUUAAUAUUGUGUUUGUGUAAUAAUCUUGUUUUUACUGUGUGUUGGCGUGUGUGAUAUGUUGGACUUUAGGAUUUAGGGUUAGGGUUUUAGGGUGGGUCUUGUUUGUUUAGUGGGUAAUGGCUGAGUCUGAGCUUGAAGAAGGUGAGGCGGGCUGUUAUUACAAGGAUCAUGUUGAUGUUGAUGAUAAAACUACCUUUGAUAAGGACCUUUCUUACAUUGAUGAAAAGCUCCAAGAUGUGCUUGGACAUUUUCAGAAAUAUUUUGAAGACGGGGUUAUUGUAGAGAGUAGAGGGGCUGCCUUUGGUGGCUAUGGUUCGUUUUUGCCCAUGCAUCAGCGCUCUCCUUCAGUUAGAUCUGACCCAAAGACUCCUCAGAUCUCUCAGAAUUGCGACCGACCAAAGUCCCCCAACAAUUUACAUUUGGAGGGUGUGCCAAAGAAUUCUCUGGUGCCCUCAAAAGUUCCCCCUUCUUUUAAGGAUGGAAAUACUCCCCUUGCACUGCCUUUGCAUGACCAGAAGGCCGCAUCUGUGGAUGGUACAACCAAAUUAGAUUCAAAUCUGUUGCGUCCACAAGCUGCCGCUACAGUUCCAGCAAGACAUGAAUCUUCUUCAAAAAAGCCUGGCGAUCAGACUGACCACAAAAGAAUAAGGUUGCGAAUCAAAGUGCGUUCUGAUAGCUCAGCACAAAAAAAUGCUGCAAUAUAUAGUGGUCUUGGCCUUACUUCGCCCUCUUCUCCAACAGUAAACAGUCCGAAGGACAGUGGCAGGGACCCUUCAGAAUCAUACUCGACUCCUGUUGAGUCUCCUUCCAAAAUACUUCAGUGCAUGACAUCAUUUCCGGACACCGGGGCCAUGCUGCUCUCGCCUCUACAUCCCAGUCUAUUGGACCUGACAGCCCAGAAAAAUCGUCAUGCUAACACUAAGUUGUAUAUUCCCAUUAAGGUCCAGCGAAAUGAUUCUGCAGUGUCGGUGGACAAUUCAGCUUCCAAAGCAAUAAAAGACAGGAAAAGAAAAUUAGUUGGUGGGACUGGAACUGUUGAGGAAGCCAAUUACGGGGUCGGUGUUAAUUACGUGAGUAAUACGAUCUCCCCUGCACAGAAACAUAAAAAACUUGAGCCUCCAGAGGAAAAACAGCAGAGCUCUAGUGACUUUAAACUUAAGUCACUAUCUUCUCCAGCGUGCAACAGUGGUGAAUCUUCAAAUUGUGUUUUCAGAAUAAAUCAAGCUAAAAGGGAGGCUAAGAAGGAUGUUCCUCCGAAAAAAAGAAUUCUUAAAAAGGAUUGGGUUGAAGACAGAAUCUGUGAAGAAUCUGUGAAAUUAAAGAAUGGGCGUGAUGGUGCUAAGUAUGAUCAACAGGAAUCAAAAAGUGGCUUGAUGGAGGGAAUCAGGGUUCAUGGAACAAAGAGUUCUGAAAAGAAUAUUUCAGAUGAUCUUAUAGUACCUGGCAGGGCCAAAGGUGAUAAAAUUUAUAACUUGUCAAAAGAUGAGCUUGAUGCAUCCAAGAGGGAGAAAGAUACUAAUACUAAUGUGAAUAAUCAUCCGAAACAGAAAGUUGGGCCCAUCUGUACACAAAAUAAGGACGACAGAUUAGGACAAAUUGAAGGUUUAAAGAAGCUUCCACUUCAAGAUAAAACAAAGUUAAAGGGAAGACAAAGUGAUAGUCAGUUAACUUCACAUCUGAUAAAUAAAAGAUUAACGUCUGAUAAUAUAUUACGAAGCAAGAAGAGGCUCCAAAAGAAUGUCGCCAAGCUUCCUGCUGGCAAUGAAGAUAUGCAUGACUUGAGAUUUCAGCGCAGCGCUAAUAAAAUGGAUCCACUGGAGAGGUCUUUACUUAAUUGUGUGCGAAAGGAUCUAAACACUGAGACGUGUAAAAAAAAAGAUGCUACAGAUGAUAUUGUUCAUUCCCAGGGACAGGCUUCUGAGUCGGUUGAUGAAUGGGUUCAGUGUGACAGUUGUGACACGUGGCGUCUUUUGCCACAUGGUAUUAAAUCAGAGCAGCUGCCUGAUAAUUGGUUGUGUAGCAUGCUAGAUUGGCUACCUGGGAUGAAUAGAUGUGAUAUCAGCGAAGAUGAAACCACAAAUGCUGUUCUUGCAUUGCGUCAACCUGCACUUCCACUUCCUAAGAGUGACAGAUUUGAAAGUCAUGUUGAUCAACUCGCAACUGGAGUAUCUUCCACGGAUGUUCCAAGUUUUAAUCAAAACCUUGGUAUACAUGCCACGCGUAGCCUAGGAAAGAAGAAAGAUACAGCUAAAGAAAUUUCCACAGCAGUUAGCAGCUCCGGUGUACUUCAGACUUCAAGCCUCAGGAAGAACUCACGUGAGAACAUGAAAAGCAGAUUCAUAAAUGACAUGAAGAAACCUCUCUCAAAGGCUAACUUGAUUAGUGAGUCUUCAAAGUGUCCAGAUAUCUCAUCUGAUUCUUCUUUAGGGAGGUCUGGAUGCAAGCAGAUAGAUGAAGGUGCUCCAAAGCCCAAAAGACUGAAGUUAAAGAGGGAUUCUGAUCAAAGCGGAUACAGGACUUCAAGGAGAGUUACGACUGAAGGUGCUGUUUUAAAUGAGGAGCAUAGGAAUUCUUUAAAAUGUGGGAUUUUUGCUAGGAUGGGUGUCGGUUCUAGUGCUGGUUUGGCUCAAAGUGCAACUUCGAACAGUGCACAAACACAUAGUGAACAUCUUUAUGCAAAAGAUGGAAAAUUUGAGGUGAGUAACAGGUUACCAAUGUCCAUGAAAACAGUGAGAGACAGUUGUCAGGGUAUUUCAGGUAGUGGUUCUAUGGGGAUUGAAAAAUACAACGAAGGUCAUGGGAUGAAGAGAAAAUUGCAAGAUCGACAGGAUAGUCAGGAUAACUUAGAGACAUUUUGCAGUGAGAAAAACCUACCAGCUGGCGAUUACGUGAAGGAAAUGAAACCUCUGGUGUCUGUCACUGAGGGCCAGGAGUCCAGUGCUUGUCGAGGGGAUGACAAAUUAAACAAAAAGGGUAAAGUGACCAGAAUCAUCUUGUCUGGUAGUAGAGAUAGUUUAACAGCUAGAAAUGGCCGGCAACAACAGAAAAUUAGUACAAGCUGUAAACCUAAGCUUACCUUAGAUGAUUUAGCUAAAUUAAAAAAGGAUUUAGGAUGUGAGCAAUUGUCAGCUGCAGCCACUUCAAGCUCUUCAAAGGUUUCAGGUUCUCAUAAAAGAUCCAGUUACCAGAAAGUAGUGUCACCAGUGGAAUCAGUUUGUUCAUCUCCUCUGAGGUCCUCCAAUCUCGCUAAAGUUUCAUUAGCAAGAAAAGGCAGUUUAGGGAACGAUUGUGCCAAUACUUGUGCUGGGGGGCCCAGACAGUUCCUGGAACAAGGAAGUAAGCUUGACAGGAACCAAAUUGGUGUAGGAAGUAGAGGAGAGGUGUCAGGUGUGUUUCAGGCCGAGUCUCUUUCAUUUCCCAAGCUAGAAUGCCAGGACCAUGAUGUAAGUGGUGAAGCCGAUUCUAGUGUUAAACCUGUAUAUAACUAUAAUAGCAAGAAUUUACUUACCAAUAACGAGGAUACCUUAACACAACACCAGCACUGUCUGACUGAUGUGCAUUCCUUAAAUGAUCAUCAAAUUGGGGAGAGAAGGAACACUAUACAUGUUGUCAGGAAUGAUACAUUUCUGCGAAUACCUGGCGUUGAUUCCUCUUUGUUAUCAGAGGACAUAAACAAAAGUUCAUACAAUGCUGAAAAAAUAAACAUGAAGCCCUCAGGUAUAUUGAGUGAUCAGGGGGUCAAGCCAAAUAAUGAUGAGGAUACUGUCCUCAGGCAUUCUGGAUACAGCCAAGGAGAUACCAAAGUGAAGAUGUCUGCGCAAAAUUGUUCAAGUGAGAAGUCCGUAGACCUGUGCAGAUUAGAUAAGAGGAGCAUCCAUGAUGAUAAAUCCUGGGAUGAUUUUACAAAGCCAAGCAAUUUAACUCGAUUAGAACUGAGGCAUGAGAAGAAAGAGGCUCACCCACAACCCGCUGGCAAGCCGGAGACACCUACUCAUGUUCGUCAACCGGCGUCUCUAUACCUGAAAGGCAGUGGUCUCGAUACUAGCUCCUCUAUUGAAUGUCGUGGUGUAUCAAAGGUGUUACAGCAGCAUAAAAAUUCUGUUCACCAAAAUGGAGCUCAUCAAGUUGAGUGUAAUCAUGCCGUAGAUCAGAGUUCGUACGGGGAUAUUGGUAAAUCGAAGACUGUGAAAGGCUACAACGGCGGGCAAGCUGCUAAUGAUGUCUUGAGAGAAGCUGAAGAUCUAAAAGGCCACGCUGAUCAUCUCAAGAAAUCGGGGUUCAGCUUCGAUGGCAUUAUGGCAAAUUUCCAAGCUGCCUUGAAAUCUCUUUUGGGUGCUUCACUUUUGGAAAGUGCACUUUCUAAAAGUGGAAGGAGUAAUUGUGGGGAAAUUCCUCAAGUGCAGAUAUACAGUAGCAGUGCCAAACUUUUUGAGACCUGUGCCCAAGAUUUUGGGAAACAUGAUGAAAUGUAUGCUGCUGCUUUGGCCUAUAAAUGUACAGAGGUAGCAUACCUGAGGUCACUUUAUUGCAAAACUUACAUUGCUGACAAAGAUCGAUCCGACUUGCAAGCAACUCUGCAAAUGCUUCCUCAAGGUGAAUCUCCUUCAUCGUCGGCAUCAGACGUGGAUAGUUUGUACAAUCAAGUAACUAUGGAUAAGACUGCUUUAUUUAGGGGCAUGGCUUCUAAUGCUGCAAACCAUGUUACUUUUGUGCAAAAUCGUCACACUAUUAUUCGGCUGCUCCAGUAUACACACGACAUGAGUUUGGCUAUGGAGGCAUCCCAAAAGUCCCAUGUAGCAUUUGAAUCUGCCAAUGAGAUCUUUAAGGCCAACAGUGGUGCCACUGCGGUAAAAAGAGUUUUGGACUCUAGCUUUCAAGAUAUCGAGGAAUUCACUCGUUUGGUUCGGCUUGCAAAUGAAGCUAUAUGUAGUAGUCACAUCUAGGUGUUUUUUGAGGAUAUAAGUAGAUAUAUAAAAAUAUUUUAAAAUCAUAUCAAUUCUUUUUAAAUCAAUAUUAAAUAUAUUAUAAAAUCAAUCUUAUUGAUGAGAAGCAUUUUUGUUAGUUGUAAAACAAUUUUUGUUGUAAUUGAUUUCAAAUUUUUGAAACAUAAUUUUCAAGUAUUUUAAAUAGGA